AAGACGCAGUGCUCAUAAACUUAUGCACUCAGAUUAUUUCUAACAUAUUCUGUUCUGAGCAUGUUUUCUGAAAACCCCCUCUUCUUCAGGUAAUGUUUUGAUUAUGCAAAUGAGACAUAAGUAAUUAAUAUGCAAAUUAUGAGUAUAUGACGUAAGGGAUUUGUGACGAGUCUGUGAGCAGGCGUGAAAGUCUUCAGAGAAAGUAAUCUGCUGGAUGGGAAACAGAAGUGUGGGCAGACUGCCUGUGUUCUGAGUAUCAUGAGGAUUUCAGCUGCACUUGCCCCCCAAGCUGCGGUCUGUGACUGGGAAGAUUACACCGUUUAGGAGCAGUCUGUGUGACUCUUCAAGUUCAGACGUGACUCAUGCUUACUGGAGACAAAGUUCUGCAAAAGUGACAAGAAACAUCUUGGCACGACCAACUGCUAUGUGUGGGUUUAAGUGUGGAACCCAACAUUUUCUUUUGAUCUUUCUUUUGACCUGUAACACCACACAUCUUUGUUUUCAGCUUUUUUUUUCUGUUUGGCAGCACAGGAAGAAGAGAGACAGGAGAGAACACACACCCAGAGGUGGAAUGGAGAGAAAUAAGCACACCUGUGAUACACUUUUUUCUUGGAUAUGCAGGAUCUCCAUGCUUUUGUUUACAGUCUCCUCUCCAGAGCCCAGAAUUACAGGCUGUGAGCUCCUGGAGCAUGCAAACAUCACCUGUUAUUGGACUGCACACAGUUCACAGAACAUCAGUUACAUGAUGCGGGUUAAUACGUCCAAUUGUGUGAAUAAUAAAAUCUCUAUGGACUCCUGUAAUACCACGUACACCCAGUGCUCUGUGAAAAUUGGAUCGGUGUCUCAUUGCUUCUGUGUGGACGUGCUGGUGUUCACUUCCUCCAUAUCCACCAGAUUACCACCUUACUGCUUCAAUGGGAUUAAUGAAGUUAAGAUGUACACACCGCAAAUCACAGCGCUUUCCACACUGCCAGAAAAUGCCAGUUGUCUAAAGCUGGAGUGGAAAGAGCCACGAUCUGAAUAUGUGCAAUCCGAGAGGAACCAUCGUGUCCUACAGAUACAGUACCAGACUCCUCAACGGGCCCACUAUCCUGAAGUGAACGCUGUUCUUCAUGACUGGCAGAUGAACCUGUGUGGCUUAUAUCCAGGAACGAAGCACUUGGUCAGGGUUCGCGCUCAGGACUUGAGAGCGGCGAAUCACUGGAGUUCCUGGAGUGGCUUUGCAGAGGCCACCACAGCGGAGGCUGCCCCAGUGGCCGCCCCAGAGCUAUGGAGACACAUCCAGCCAGUAGACAGGAGCGGACAGAGGCUUAUCACCUUGCUCUGGAAGCCUCUCCAGUGGCCACACACUAAUGGUGUUAUCCUGCACUAUGCCGCAUCGUGCUGGAGUGAGCUGGACUCGUCCUACUGGGACUGCGGACAUCUGGAUUCUCACAGCACCCCUUGCGUCCUUUCUGUCUCUACUCAUGCCUACAACUGCAAGCUGACUGCGUCUAACUCAGCUGGGACAUCACCAUCCGCUCACAUAUACAUACCUGGAGACAAGGACGCAGAGCUCCGACCCCCUGAAAGCAUUACUGUGAAUGCUCUGGAUGACUUCCGGCUGAAGGUGGAAUGGACAGCGACAGUGAACCAAUCAGAGGCCAGCUUUGUGAUCGAGUGGUUUCCAAUACCAGACACCACAGUGGUUGGUUUGAACUGGAAAAUCUUGAAUGGUUCUGAAAAAAGCUUUAUCAUUGCAGAAGGAGUGCAUCCUGAGAUCCCAUACAACGUUUCUGUUCGGGUCCUUCAUAAUAACACAGCUGGAGCUGCAAGAUUUGCCAUUACGUUUUCCAGACAAGGAGUGCCCUCUGUUGGCCCAAAGCUGGAAGUUCUACAGACAACACGCAAUGAUGUGACACUGAAGUGGCAGCCUGUUCCUCUGGAGAAACUGCGUGGAUUCAUCCAAAACUACACUGUCUUUUAUAAAUACAAAGACAAAAUGAAGUCCCGAGUGCUAAGUGGCAACGCUGAGCAGUUUUCUCUAAAGGGACUGUCUCCGGGACAGUACGCUUUGUGUGUGAAGGCCCACACACUGGCAGGGGGCGCUGAGAGCCUGUGGGUCACUGUGACUGUAGAGAGUGUUCACAUACCAGUGAUGGCCAUAGUGCUGUGUACCGUAGGGAGUUUGUUGAUUUCAGUCUUUUUGCUCAGCCAGGCUGACAGGAUUCAGCAGUGUCUCUGUCCAGUCGUCCCUGACCCAUCUAAGAGCAGCCUGUCCACCUGGCCUCCUGUCUCGCCACAUCAGCAUAAGCUACCAAUCAUGGACUUCAAACCAUCUCCCCCUCUCUUUGAGCCUAUUUGUGUGGGAGGAGGAAUAACAGGCCAUUGUGGUCACCACCACCAUGAGGACAGCAAGCUCCAGGUUUUCGGCCUGCAUACAAGUAAACAAGUCUGUAAACAAGUCUUACGAGUGGCUGAGCAAACAUUCAGUGAACCAAAUGUUGAAGAACCCACUGAAGAGCUAACUAUGGACUUUAGCUAUCAGAAUGGUGUCAUGGAAACACCACAGGGCUGUCACAAUGUAUCUUCUAGUUUUCCAGAAGUUCCUGACCUUGGAAUAGCUACGGUGGAUUCAGAUUUCUGUAAAAGCAACAUUGUGCCAAGAUUAGAGUCCAGUUAUGAAAGAUUAGAGCCCUGUUCUGAAACCCAUGGAUUUUCUGACUAUCCACCACUCUCCAAGUCCUGUCUCAGAGGGGACACACUGGACCUGGAUGAUCUUUUCUAUAGAAGGAGCAUUGUGUCCAAAUUAAAGACCUAUUGCUACUCCCAUGUAUCUACCAGUUAUCUCCCAGUUGCUGAUUCCUAUAUUGACUUGAGAACAGUGGCAGAAAAUUCGAAUAAUCUUAUCCAUAAAAGUAACCAAGAGACUUUUUCAAGACUGGAGUCCAGUUGCUACGGCCAUGUUUCAGCUAGUUAUCUUCCUGUCCCUGAGCCUUCGCUGACUUAUGCUGAUUUUGUUACAGUGAACACAGCUGACUUUCUCCAUCAGAGUAGCCAUAUGCCAAAAAAUGGUUACAUUCACGUAUCUACAAGUUAUCUACCACUUCCCUUGACUCAUUCCGAAGCAGACUUCACUAAUAGUGUUCAUGAAAAUAAUUCUAUGCCUGGAUUAAAGUCUUGCAUCUACAACCAUAUACAGAUUAGCUAUCAAAAAUCUUGUCCUGAUUUCGAACUAGAGGAAGUAUAUAGGCCAUUGAGUCCUGAAGAAUGUCCACUUUCUUUACAGUUUUCCGUGAAGAAACAAUACUAAUGGAGUCACAGAGCUGCUCAAACCAUGAAUGUGAAAUACAACAUACAAACAUACAUGUGUCAUGGAUGACUAGGUGUUGCAUGUUUUUUUAGUGACACUCCAAGAAUGCAUGCUUUUAUUUUCUAUGAGCAACUGAUUAGUAUUGAACAAGGUGUAGCAGUUACCAUCCAGAAGGUUAUAGCAGGGGCCAUUUGUCACAAUGCUGAGUGGCAAAAACACAUAACGUAUUAUGCUACAGCCAGAAAUCUCACCUCAUUUUAUUUUUUUAACACACAGUCAAAGUUGAGAGUCCAGUCAAACCAGGGAGCAGGAUUUUUGGUGUUAUUUCAAGGUGCAUUUGGAUGCUCAUCAGAAGAUCGCACAAACUGGAUGGUGCUUUAGUAAAUACAGUUCUACGUUAGGAAGGUUGUCGGAAGAUAUUCGGAAGAUAUGGACAAAGGAAGGAAGGAUGUUUUUCUUUGCUAUAUAGAAACAGGUAGAAAUGUUUGUACUUAUUGCAAUUAUGCACAAACAAGGACUGAAACGCACCAGCUAUAGAUUUUUUUUUUUUCAUUUAUACCUUUGUCUACCUCAUUUUAUAACAUGCUCAAAUGUAAUUUUUUUAUAUGUAUAUCAGACAGCUGUUCAGAAACAACUGUACAUGCUGGCAAGUUUACUAAUUUUCACUGCCAGAAGAAUGUGAAACGUUACGUUAUAUGUGAUAUCUUGUAAACUCAUUCUCACACAUUUUUAAAAAAAAUUUACAUUUUUUUUAUUAAUGAAAGAAUGGUAUACUUUUUAUUCAUUUAUAGUAACAUUUAAUGUUGUGUCGACAAAAUAAGUUGCUUCAUGUUAUCAAUUAUAAAGUCGUUCCCUCAUCAGGAUUUCUCUCUCUCUCUCUCUCUCUCUCUCUCUCUCGCUUUCAUAAAAUGCAGCUUGUUAUAUAACUGAGAAACUGCAAAGCGCAAUGUCCCCUGUUCGAAAGACUUUCCUUGUGGCAGAAAACUAAAGCUGAAUAGCUGAAGUUCGAAGUGCUGACACUGACUAAAGUCUGAUCGUUAAACAUCUUACAGAAAGCUUCACCAGAGUAAUGAUUAUGUUUUUCAUUGUUAUCCUUUUAAAUUAAGUAAGUGUCUGCCUUACAAAUCCUGGUGAAGUAGCUGUUACUAUAAAAACAAUAAUGUAUUAGAACAAGGGCAUUAAUAUAAACCUGUGAUUUGCCUUGGAGAUGUCUCUACUGUCCAAGCUGCUGUUAUAGAAAAUUAAUCAACACAUUCUGACCAAUCAGAAUUGAGAGUGCCAUGAUUUAAUACUUUUUUGAUUGGUUGUCUGCAAUGUGAGUCAAAUAGCCUUCUGGACACAUUUAGUAGUGAGAAGUACAAGACUCUAUGAGACUACUCCAAGGUCGAUGUGUGUAAAAAUUAAUGUGUACAUACUGUACAGUGUCUCUUGUGCUAUUGUGUGUUGUGUGUUGCACAAAUGUACAUAUCAAAACCAACAAAAGUGCACUGCCUUUAUUUAUUUAUGAUGAUAAAAUUAUGAUCUCUGGAACUGGUCCUUUUUUUGAAGUAAAGAAUGUGGAAGUGUCUGCUCUGUGUUAGCUAUCUCGAAGCACUGGACUUGUUCACGCUUGUUGCUACAUGCCUGUGUAUGCAUUCAGGCCAUUUUGUUUUGUGUCUAUAUUUUUAUGACUUCUCUUUAGUGACAAAGAGCACAUCAUGAUGAUCACCGUGACAUCAUCACGUGAGGACGAGUUCAAUUGCUGAAUGAUGAACUUUCUCCUGAAGAGAACUUCACCAGGUGUGACUUGGUCCAAUGUGAAGGAAUUAUGUCUAUGACCUUGACAGUUAGAACUCUGAAGCCUGCUUAAAAAAAAAUAAAAAAUAAAAAAAACUCUGUAGUAACUGCUCUUCAGAAUGCACUUAAAAUACUAAAACCAGUAAUUUAUCUGUUGCACAAU